ACGUAUACACAACGACACCUAUUCAUCCUGAAAGAACAAGAAUAUAUUUACAACAGGAUAAAAAAAAAAAGAGAUAAAACGAAACGAAACACGAAGUGAGGAAAAUAGGAAACUCUGAAAGAACGGGAGAGCGAUCGAGCGAGUGAGAGAAAGAAAAAGAAAGAAAGAAAGAAAGAAAGAGUGAGAGAGUAAGAACGAUACGUGGUGGUUAAAUACGGGAAUAGGUGUGGUAGAUGAAAUAGUCACGCACUGUAGAGUGGAAAACAAGCUCCAAGUACGGAGUAAGGAAGCAUAUCCGCAGACUGGGAGGAUUAAAAAGAGGGAGAUAGAAAAAGAGAGCGAUAUAAAAAGGAACUUGAUCGCAAGAGAGAUAGAAAAAAAGAAGAUCGCAUAAUCAGUGGUCAUCAUCGGGCGGGGACAAUCUGGUGUUAAAAACCGUGUGUUUUUUUUUUUUUUUACUUGUGUUCGUGCGCCAAACUCUGAGGCAAAGCGGUCCGAGGGUAGUUUCCUAUCUUUCUCUCUACGCGUUGCCCUGCUACCGAUUAGAGACGCUGAAAGAAAGACUUUAAACAUGGGAUGCAUUGUGGGCCGGAGACUCGGCCCUGACGAUACUGGGUACCCUGGAUCAGGAUUCAUGGCGGCUAUAAGAAAGAAACUGGUAAUCGUGGGUGAUGGUGCCUGUGGUAAAACUUGUCUCCUGAUCGUUUUUAGUAAAGAUCAAUUCCCCGAGGUUUACGUACCCACUGUAUUUGAAAAUUAUGUCGCGGACAUCGAAGUGGACAGCAAACAGGUCGAACUAGCCCUUUGGGACACGGCUGGUCAGGAGGAUUACGACAGGCUUCGUCCACUGUCUUAUCCGGACACAGACGUUAUUCUGAUGUGUUUCUCCAUCGACAGUCCCGAUUCCUUGGAGAACAUUCCUGAAAAAUGGACACCAGAGGUCAAACAUUUUUGCCCCAACGUGCCGAUAAUAUUAGUCGGUAACAAAAAAGACCUUCGCAAUGAUCCCGGUACAAUUAAAGAACUUGGAAAGAUGAAACAAGAGCCAGUUAAACCCGAAGAAGGACGUGCAAUGGCUGAGAAAAUUAACGCCUUCGCAUACCUAGAGUGUUCUGCCAAAAGCAAGGAGGGAGUGCGGGAAGUUUUCGAAACAGCAACCAGAGCUGCGUUGCAGGUGAAGAAGAAGAAGAAGGGAAGGUGUAGGCUUCUUUAAGAAGUAAUCCUGGCUGGGCCAAAUUGGAUAAAGAUAGUAUGGCGUUGCCGAGGAAGCAUUGCCUGUGCUCAUCUUAGGUCUCUUGGCCCCCGUAAAAACCCAUAACAUAAAAUAAUAUCUUACCUUUAAUUAAUUAUUUUACAUAACAAAAAUAGGACAACGUCUAACGCGCGACCUGCCGUUGUACGACACAAGAAUCCCCGGGAAAAAAACAAAGAGAGUAACAGAAAAAAAGGUGACAAAUUCUACUUUGUCGGGUUGAAG